AGAGAGAGGGAGAGAGACAGACAGAGAGAGAGAGAGAGGGAGAGGGAGAGAGGGGGGAUGGUUUGCAUAUUCUCUAAAACUAAAUCUGCUGAAGAUUUGCAGCAGUUUCACUCCUCACAGGCGCAAAGCUCUUUUAAAAAAGACCGAAAGCAGGGAAAACUGACGAUGUAGUAAAGGUUUGCACACCUGUUUGUGCUCCUCAGGAGUUAAAACUGUAAAAAAAAAAGGGGGGGGGUGCCUUAAAGGAGUUUAAAGGAUCCGGCGAUGGGAAUGAAAACGUCCCUCUUUCUUCUGCCUUUAGGCCUGAUAAAAAUAUUUCAGCAAAAAUGUGAAGGUCCCGCCUUCCGCCAGAGGAUUGGACGGCGACGCGUAUUCACACGCGGAUCCCCUAUUGGGCGAAGGUUCGCCGUGGACCAAUCGGAACACGCGUGGCUGGCCAAUCGGCGCGCAGGGGAGGCGGGACGUGGUCAGGAACGGGUGCGAAAAGAAGCACGACAGGCGCCGCGUUCUGAUUGGCCAGAAACUGCUCUGCCGUUUAACCAGCCAACUGCCCGAGCACACACAAUAUAAAACACGAUUUAACACAGACAGAGGACUACAUGUGUGCUUAUGUGUGCUUAUGUGGAGUAAGGAACGGUUAAAAAGCCAAAUUUUAGGCUUCUGUAAACUUAACAACCCCCAACAUUUGGUUUAAUGUGUUAUACGCCUUUUUAUCAAACACUAUCACACGAUUGUCGUUAUGUUAAGCCAGGAUGUACAUUUGAGAUCCCUCGCGUUUACAACAUACAUGUAAAAUGUAGAAAAAUGUAGAAAAAACAGCCUAAAGCUGAAGCCCAUGUCCAUCUUGUAUUUGCCGUCCAUGUAAAUCUAGCGCGCAGAUUCGACGCGGGGUUUAAAGGCGGUUUGUUUGGCUAAAAGCGAGGGCAGAUGGGCAUUAUAUAGACGGAUAAUGCGUACAUGUGCCGCUGUAAGUGUAUCGAAUUUCUUUACAUUUCUUCACGUGAGAUGAGAAUGAGAUGCGGAUUUUGUGUCCAGUGUCGAAAGUGCGGGCGAGUCUGCUGCUGGAGGCUGUGAUAGUGGUGUAUUGUGGGAGAGACAGAAAGCAGAAAGCAGUCUGGAGACACACAAUCGCAGAAAGGAGGCAGACUCUGUAAAACCAUGUAAUGCAAGAAGCGAAAAAAGACGGAAAACGAGCUCACUCGCGUCUCUCAGCCUUUCACCUUCAAAACGAACUCGAAGAUAAUGUCCCGAUCAGGAGAAAGAAGCAGGGUGAAUGAGGAGCACGGCAGAAGGAGUUCCACUUUGCCCAACGGCAUGGAGAACAGUUCGGGAGAGAAGCGCAGUCACCACUGGAGGAGUUACAAGUUGAUCAUUGACCCUGCUCUCCGCAAAGGAUCCCACAAGCUUUACCGAUACGAUGGACAGCACUUUAGUUCACCGAAUCCCGGCAUUCCCCCUGUGGACAUGGUCAGAGACCCCAGGAUCGGUCGCCUUUGGACGAAAUAUAAGGAGACGGACUUGCCAGUGCCCAAAUUUAAGAUUGACGAGUGCUACAUCGGUCGCGUUCCUCCAAAGGAGGUCACCUUUGCCCGGCUGAACGACAACAUCAGAGAGGGCUUCCUCACAGACAUGUGCAAAAAGUUUGGAGAGAUCGAGGAAGUGGAGAUUUUGUACAACCCCAAGAACAAGAAGCACCUGGGAAUAGCUAAAGUGGUGUUCGGGUCAGUGCGGGCUGCCAAGGACGCCGUGCAAAACCUCCACAACACCUCUGUCAUGGGCAACAUCAUCCAUGUGGAGUUGGACCCUAAAGGGGAGAACCGGCUGCGGUAUUUCGAGCGCCUGGUUAACGGCAGCUUCACGCCACUCACGCUGCCGGUGGGCGAGGAGUCUUGCGAGGUCUCUCCGCGCAGCCUUGCCGAAGCUCUACUGGCGUGUGAGCCCUUGAGGAGGCUCUCUGAGGGAAGUUCCUCGACAGUGGGGGGACCCGUAACGCCAAGCAGCACCAGCACGCCCCUGAGUCUGGACACAGCAUACUCCAGCCUGAGACAGGACACGCCCCAGUCACAGGGAACACCCCACACCCCCCGCCCCACCGGAACACCGUUCUCUCAGGACUCCACCUACUCCAGCAGGCAGGGCACUCCAGCAUUCCAGCCACACCGUGCCGAGGGGUCAGGGGGGUACAAGUCCAGACAAUUUCAGGACAUUUAUAACCGCAGACUGGAGAGGCACUAUGUUCACGGAGUGGGCGGGGCUUAUCGUGGCAACGCAGAGCAGCAGAGCAGCUUUAAACAGCACCAACCACCUGAACCGCCUUCGCCUGCAUUUUCUAAUACACCCCCUCCGCCAGUCACGCCCAGCUUCAAACCCACCACUUUCCAGCCCUACCAGCCCCCCUUACCCCCAGUGUACCCCCACACAGAACCCCCCGUGUAUCCCCCUCAGCCCCCACAGAGAGAGCUGGACUUUAGGCGGCAGCCGCAGGCUCCGUUACCCACGCCCCCUGACUACAUGACAGUCAGGGAUCGCCCCGAGACCCCACCCAUACCUGAGCCGCCCCCGGUGCCAACCACGCCGCCCUCUGCCUGCACCCCACCUGUAGGCACACCCGAAACGUGCCCGUCCCCCGCCCUGGAGGCAGAGCGAAACAGCCUGGACUCCAGAAUCGAGAUGCUGCUGAAGGAGAAGCGGACAAAGCUGCCGUUCCUGAGCGAUCGAGGUGAUUCGGACGGAGAGGUGCGGAUGGAAGGAAGCCCCAUCUCCUCCUCCUCCUCUCAGCUUUCCCCUAUUCCCCCCUGCCCGCCACAGCAUCCCUCGCGGCCACCCAGCACCGGCCUGGAGGACAUCAGCCCCACCCCUCUGCCUGACUCUGACGAUGAUGAGCCCGUUGCCGGCACUGCCGCUUUAAUGCUUUGUCCCCAGAGCACAUCACCACAAAAUGCACAUGGCCAGAGCACAACAGGUGGGCCACGGACCCCCACUGAAAAACCAGAGUCAUGCGGCCAGUCAUCAGGGGAGGAUAUGGAAAUCUCUGAUGAUGAGAUGCCAGGCACUCCGAUCUCAGGCAGCGACUGUGCAAAAGGCAUCGUGGUGAACUCCGCCAUGUCCCUGUUGGCGCCACAGGCCAUGGGCAUCCCGCCCCCUGGGUUUCCCCCUAUGCCCCACCACCCUCAGGCUGGGUACGCCCUGCCCCCCCACCAUUUACCCCCCCACUCUACUGUCCCAGCUCCGCACCCUCCUCACCUGACGGCCCACCCGCUGCUGCACCCGCUCCACCCUUACCCGCCAGGCAUGGUACCCAUGGUGCCGGUGGACCUGAUGAGCUGCCUGCCACAGUGGGGCAGCGUCCACAUGUCUUUCCAGAUGCAGACUCAGAUGCUGAGCCGGAUGGCACAGAGCCAGCGCCCAUAUCCAUAUCCCCACUACCUGAGCAGUGCUGCCGCUGCAGGCGCCACAGCCGGGGCCAUGCAGUUUGGGGGUCCAUACUCGCAUCUGUCUGUGAUGGGUGCCCCCUCGGGUGCGGUGGGGCAUGGCCAGCACUGGUCUAUACCCAGCAUGCCCAAGUUUAACCCUACAGUACCCCCACCUGGGUAUGAGACGCAGAAGGAGGACCCCCAUAAAGCUACGGUGGACGGGGUCCUGAUGGUAAUCGUCAAAGAGCUUAAGGCCAUCAUGAAGCGAGACCUCAACCGCAAGAUGGUGGAGGUGGUGGCCUUCAGGGCUUUUGAUGAAUGGUGGGAGAAGAAGGAACGUUCGGCUAAGGCUACCUCCACCCCUGUAAAGCCUGGCGAGGGUAAAGAGGAGGAGAAGGAACGAACGAAGCCGAAGGAGACGUUGUCGUCCAGUCUGCUGGAGAACUGGAGUAAAGGCGAAGGUCUGGGCUAUGAGGGCAUGGGCCUGGGCAUUGGGCUGCGCGGCGCCAUCCGCCUGCCAUCCUUCAAGGUGAAGCGGAAAGAGCCUCCUGACCCCACCUCCACUGCAGAGAACAAAAGAGCACGACCAUCCACUCCUGUAGAUGAUGAGCUGGAAGAUGAAGAGUCAGAACGAACGGAGCUUCCAGCAGAUGGCACCAGACUGGAUGCUGAAAACUCCUCAGCGAAGCGCCGGCACGCCAGACCGGUGGAACUGGACAGCGAAGGAGAGGAGGAGGAGGAGGAGGAGGAGGAGGAAGAGGUGGCGUCUGGCCGGGAAGAGUCAUCUCUGUCCGAUCGAGAAGAACCUGAUGCAGAAACAUCAGAGAGGCUUUCAUCAGGCAAGGAGGCAGACGAUGAGGACGUUGAAGAAGAGGACAGUGAGUCUGAGGCCAGUUCUUCUUCUGACUCGUCUGAUGGCGAGCCGGGCAGUUCUUCUUCCUCUGAAUCCGACUCUGACUCGUCUGCGUCUGACAGCUCCUCCGAGUACGACACUAGCUCGGAGGAGGAGCAUGAGGAGGAGGAGGAAGAGGAAGAGGAGGUUGCCAUGGAGAUUGGUGUAGAGGCGGAAACGCGGACAUCCUCAUCUUCGUCAUCUUCGUCCUCAUCAUCGUCUGAGGAGGAGGAGGAGUCUGAGCUGAAAGUCCCAGGGACCCCACCGGUGCCCCCGCUGGAGGAGGAAUGCGAGUCUGGCCGGCUUGAGGCAGAGGAGGCCACGCGGUCGGUCAGAGCGGCUAUGGAUGACCUUCGACCUCCAUCGCCAAAAGGACUGCCAGUAGAGGAACUAGACAUAGACGUGGAUGUUCCGAAGGUGGAGGCGUCUCUGGAGGACGUGGGCACUCUGCGGCCCCCCACACCGACAGGUUCUUUGGCCGACAGCGACUUGGAUGUCCGUCCGAAGAGCCAAUCUGAAGAGGAGGUCCCGUGGACCCCUGGGCGUGAUGGCCCCGUCCCCUCUGAGCUGGACACCAGCAGCCAGAUCUCCUCCUCAGGUCAGUCUGUCCACCUCGCUUUGCCCCCUGGUCAUACCCUCCUGCCCCCGCCCUCCGACUCCUGCAGCCGGCAGCGGCUACAGACAGACGAGGAGGUCCCACGCACACCGGGCCGCGACCUGCGGAAGACUCAAAGCACCGAGACAGCCCCCGAAACGCCCGGUGGCGAUGCUCCCCUCACAGGUAACAGCUUGGCUCUCAGCUUGGCACUCAGUUCCCCCCACGUCCCCAGCAGCCCCUUCUCUUACCCUGCCCAGUCCCCCGUCCUCAGUGCUGGCAUCCCACGGACGCCGGGCAGGGACCUGACCUUCACCCCUGUGUUCCCUGACCCUGCCGCUCCUGCCGGCCCCCCGCACAGGAAGGCAUCGUCUGAAAGUCUAGAAGAGAAGCCUGUGUUCAAAGAGCCAGUGUUUAAAGAGCCGCCACUCAGCACUAACCUACCUAGCGCUGCUGCUUCACCCCCGCUCCCCACCGCUGCUACUGCUGUUGCUGCUUCCUCUCAAGAGCUUCCCACAGCCCCCCAAACCUCGCCACCCCCCUCUGUAGAAGGCUCUACCCCUACAGUGCCCCCCAGUCUUCCUGUCCCGCUCAUAGAGCUUCCUGUGCCCCUAGAUGUCACUCCAAGCAAGAAGAAACAGGCACGGGCUAAAGCUAAAAAGCCCUCAGCAGCUCUCAGUCCAGAAGAUGCUCUUCCAGAGCCUCCUCCGAUGACCCCCACACUGCCCUCGCUGCCUCCAGAGCCUGCAGUGAGGGACCUGUUUCCUGACCGGCCCAUCAACACCAUUGGGAGGCCAGACACAGAGCACCGGCUGCUGGAGCCGGAGGAUGAUGAUCUGGAUGACAUAUGUCAGACGGUUCUGCCAUCCAGCCCAGGAGUCCAUGACGACCUGCUGUUCGAGGAACCAGUGCAGAAGACUAGACGUCAGCGGCGCAGCUGGGAGGAGCUCCUACUCUCCAUGCACUCCCCCGCUGCCUCACCGCCACGGCCCAGCUAUCUGCCCCGCACAGAAUUUGAGGAAAUGACCAUCCUGUAUGACAUCUGGAACGAGGGCAUCGAUGAGGAGGACAUCCGCUACCUAAAGAUCACCUACGACAAACUGCUGCAGCAGGACAACUGCAACGACUGGCUCAACGACACACUGUGGGUCCAUCACCCUCCUACCAGCGGGGGCAGUCUGCCCGGCAUAAAGAAGAAGCGGCGUGAGGAUGGCAUGCGGGAUCAUGUGACUGGCUGUGCUCGCAGUGAGGGCUACUACAAAAUCGACAAGAAGGACAAAGUGAAGUAUCUGAACAGCACACGGCUGCAGUUCGACGAGCCCGACAAGGACACACAGGGGAGGAGCAUUCCCGCCCAGCCGCACGCCUCCACCAGAGCCGGAUCGGAGAGACGAUCAGAACAGCGCCGCCUACUGUCCUCCUUCAGCUGUGACAGCGACCUGCUUAAAUUCAACCAGCUUAAAUUCCGUAAAAAGAAGAUCCGCUUCUGUAAGAGUCACAUCCAUGACUGGGGUCUUUUCGCCAUGGAGCCCAUCGCUGCUGAUGAGAUGGUUAUUGAAUACGUGGGUCAGAACAUCAGACAGGUGAUCGCUGAUAUGAGAGAGAAGCGAUACGAGGAGGAGGGAAUCGGGAGCAGCUACAUGUUCCGUGUGGAUCACGACACCAUCAUCGACGCCACCAAGUGUGGAAACUUUGCUCGAUUCAUCAACCACAGCUGCAAUCCGAACUGCUACGCCAAGGUCAUCACUGUGGAGUCACAGAAGAAGAUAGUUAUCUACUCCCGACAGCCGAUUAAUGUGAACGAGGAGAUCACGUAUGAUUACAAAUUCCCCAUUGAGGACGAGAAGAUUCCGUGUCUGUGCGGAGCGGAGAACUGCCGGGGAACGCUGAACUAGCCCGGGGGAACAGCAGCACGGUCAGAGCACCCAGAUAGGCGGGCACAGGGCAGAAACGGAGCAGUCGCCCCCCCUAACUUCCCACCCCCAACUCCCUCCCUGCCAGAGUGCUGAGGGCUCUUUAAUAAACACGUCUGAUGAUUGUUUACGAUUUACAGGUGCUCUUUCAACCACAUUAAGAUGAAUUUUUCUACCACUCUUCCAUUCAGCUUUGUAUGGAGAAAGAAAAUGACUGUAGCCCCGCCCCCUGCCAUCCCCCACUGUAGCGUCUAGGUUACUGGACCCCCCCCCAGUUUUCUCCACUAAAUACCCCAUCCCAUCUCUGUCUGUCCAAGCGCACAAAAGGCCUCUGCUGCACACCCACACAGGGAGAAACAGGGCUUCACAGUAAUAAUCCAGCUCACUUCUUCUUCAUUAAUUGUUCAGUGGAUUGUUUCACCUCUCGGCCCACUCUCCCCUCUAAUUACAGUUUUAUUUUCAUGCUGUUUGUCUGAAAGGACUCUUUUUCACACUGAGAGCUUAAAUCUCAUCAUAUGUGUGAAAAUAUUAUUGCACAGUUCACCUGUGUGGCCACUAAACAGAAGUUCAGGUAAAUUUACUCUUCUGCUCACAGUUACAACUCACUGCUGUUUCUACCACUGACUGCUUGUUAGUUAGUUCACUGCCCCCUGCAGACUGUAUACUGUAACUGCAGCCUUCAGGAUAGCAAUACAGGCCUGAAAGGGCACCAAAAACUCCACCAUUUUUUUCACACUUUUGCAUAUGUGAAAUGGUUGAUUGUAGAAACUCAGAUUUCUUUACAGUGGUGAUGAUGGGAACCAGGGGUCACCACGGCAACAACACAAAUAUAGACAUUUUAUUUCAUAUCCAAAACCACCAGUGAACCGCAACAUGUAUUUUCUGGAAUGUGGAUGAUGGUAAACUAUUAUGUAUGGCAUAUUAUGUAUCGCUCCAUGAAGUUUUGAGAGCUUAAAAUCCAUGAAUGGAUUAAGUUCUCAAAACUAUCAUAAAACAGUGUUUCAGACAUCAGUGAAUCAGUGGCAGUGAAUUCAAUACCUAUUCAUGUAAUAACUUUCUGUGAGGAAGUUUUUAGAAGUGGACGUCUGGUUCCUAUCACCACCACUCCACAAUUCUGACUCUAACCUGAUGAUUGAAGCCUGUGCAGUAGUAGAAGAAGUGAUGCCUGCUCCUGUUAAACAGUCCUUACUUUGGGCUUAAACUAUCUCUUGAAUUUGAGAAGUGGCCAAACAGGUUGUGCAUUUGUGCUCUGACGUCACAGAGUCCAGUCUGAGUUUAGUAAUGUAUUGUUUAAUGACCCCACUGGUUAUGAUCCUGAUCCUCAGAGCUGCUCUAACACUCUUUAAGCUAAACCUUCUUCACAAAGCUGAGUAUUAACACCAUCUACAUUCAUUACUCCAAUGAAAGCUUUUUUCAUUACUGGUGCUGUAUUAGUUAUGACGGAGGGCUUGCUAAUGCUUUGCGGCGCUGCUAUGUAGCUUCAUGCUGAAGUUGUUCUAUAGUUCACUCCCAUGUAAGGAGCUCUGGGUCUGAGUCAUUUAUCUCUAUGGGAAAAUGAAAAGGGUUUUGGAAAAUUGCUGCUGUCUCAAAAAACGGAGACGUUUGGUCAUACAUACAUUUUUUUUCCGCACUGGAUCCUCUGAAUUAUGAGGUCAUUUAGCUGUCAAAAUACCACAAAAGCUGGGUUCAUGUGUUGGCAGUAGGCAGACAAUGGCAAACCGGAUAUUCCGUUGUUUACAACAGAGCCAAGAAGGAAAAUUCUGCGACAGUCGGAAUGUGGCAGCAGUAACAUUCUGUCAAGAGUUCGGUUUUCCAAAUUUUGGCAUCAACAGCAAAAGUGAAAUUAUCUGUAUGUGUUUUUUUAGAGAGCCGUGGAUGCCAAACAUCUCGCUGUUGAAUUCCAGAUGAACUGAGUAUUUAUACCGGAACACAAAAUAAGAACACAGAGCGCCUUUUUUUUACCGGUGAUGCGGUCACUAUGCCAACGUUUGUAUGGCUUAUUGCUGCUGUGUGAUGUGUACUGCUUUAAAGCACGGAAUCAUAUUUUUUUAGUUUGUCGUUAUGCAAGCGUGUGAACGCAGCAUCAUGCUACAAGGAUGAACUGCGUGCUGAAAUGACUCAACACUGUUGUACACCAACACCAGCUACUCAAAAAUGCCAAACGUCUCUGAGCUCCCACACUGGACAGCCUGCUGGUCUACGUGGGGGAUUUUAGUGAGGUCAGUCUGAUGAGGUCAGUUUAGUUCAUAACAGUCUUAGCUUACAGGUCACACUGUUCACUUUUCAGCUCCUUAAUGAGCUCAUUUGGUCAGGUGUGGCUGGAUAAUAAAAUAAAAUACGUCAUGAAACCAUUUCUGAGCUUGUGAAUAUCGUCCAUAUUCGAUCAUUUAUGAAGAGCAGAAUCAGUCCUGCUUUGCUGGAUUUAGUGCAGCAGUGUGUGAAAAGCUGAACAUAAAUCACUACAUUCAGUUUUUGAUUUGAUUUUUUUUUUUAAUGUGCCAAUGCAGAGCAUUUCAGUUCACCAUAGACUGAAAGCAGCGAUUCAACACUGUUAAUGUUCCCCAUAAAGAUAAACAGCGCAGACCUGGACUUCCUUAUAGGGUACCUGUAGUAUUGUGCUCUCUCUCCCUGCUUAACGCUGUUCAGUGCUGAAUCGCCACUCAUGGGAUGUUAUCAGGUUAAGAGAAGAGACCAGAUUAUAUAAUCGUGCCAAACGUUUGCAUUUUAAACAUCUUGAGCUUUUAUUACAGAGCGAGUGUGUUAUUCUAAGCCUGUUGGUGCUUCGGCGGAAACAGCACUGUAUUAUUCCUCAAAUGCUCAAGUGUUUAAAGUGAUAGUUCGUUGAAAAUCUGAUUUACUCCCAGUUAGAACCACUUUUUGUUCCCUAAUAGACCAUGAGUGAAAAAAUAAGUAGAGCCUUUACAUAAUGUAAAGAUUCUGCACCAGUUUAUGGGUUCUUCCUAGAACCUUUAUGUUCUUUUAAGCUUUAAAAAGGUUCCUCACAUGUGCACAGCACUUCUCUGAAGAACCAGGUUUUUAGGGAACUAAAAGUUGUUCUUUUAAUGGCAAAGAACCUUUUGUAGUACCUAAAGUGCAUUUUAGAUCAUCCAAGAUCUGGUGUAGCGAACAAAUCAUGGAAGCCUGCAGUUAGCACCCUGCUAAUUGGAGGGGUAUAGGCUUCCAUUGUGUGUUAGUCACAUUAGCAUCAUAGGUUAGCAUCACCAGACAUGUCUUAGUUGAUGAGCUACAUGUAGAGCAGAUGGAGUAAACUGGGAAAAUCAGAUUUUUGUUGCUGAACUGUGGCUUUAAUAGCAGUUAGUUUCCCUCUAAAGCUGCACUCGUUUACUCUCCGCUGCGAUCCUGUUAAGCCUGCGUUUCUUCUUCUUUUUUCUUCUUAUUUUUUUUGAUGGUUAAGUUUGAACACUAGAGGCUUGUUGUAUUCUUCCCAUCAGGCCAUCCAGACCUCCCAACACCCUCCACCACUUCCUUUACAGUCACACUGCAGGGGCGGAGCUUUUUCUUUCAACUGUGUUUAUAUUGUACAGGAUCUGAUCAUUUGUAAGGAGGAACUGGGCUUUUUAUCACAAUAGGGAGUUCUGAAAACGAUGCAUCUUUUUUAAUAAGCAGAAAUUGAGUAUCUGAUAUUUUUCAGGGAUCAUUAAGAUGAAAAAGGGUGUGAUUGUGUGUGUGUGUGUGUGUGAGUGUGAGUGUAUAAUGUAAAUGAGAAAGUGAUGCAUCUUGUACAUAAGUGAUCUGUUCUCCCUUUGGAAAGAUUGUUUCUUGUAGAAACGUCUUUUUUCCUGCCCGCUUUCCUUUGUAAACUUAUGUGUAAAUACGUAAACUGUGAAUAUAUAAAUAUAUAUUAUAUUUUUUGUUCCUGAGGAUUUGCUACAGAUUGGCAGCUCAGAGAGGUCUACAGAGUGAGUGUGAGGAGCUGAGGGCAGUAUUUCAGCUUGUGUCAAGCUUUAUUUUUUAUUUUGUGUUGUAAAUUCUAUGAAAACAUGUUUGCAGUGCGUGUUGGGGGAGUUCUGAUGCAGAAUCGGCGAGGGGAGCCGCUGGCUUUCCCCAAGUCUAUUUAUUACCACAAAUGUAUGAAAAAACAGAAAUCAUGGAAAAAAUAAAGGAUUUUUCUUUUCGAAUAACAUU